CAAUACAUUGGCUUAUAGGGCAGUCCUUACAGUAGGGAUCCUGGCCUAUACAGAAAAAUGCAGGCGGGUGUGGGGUAAUACUGCACUUUGGUUGCAUUGGUGGUGUAUUGGCUAAACGUGCAGGACAGGGCAGGGUAUGGUGCUGAUAGAAAAGGCAUUCAGGCAUCAAAUAUCCAAAAAUCUUUUCAGGCCAUAAUAAUGAAAAGACCUUCUCCAAACGAAAUAAAAACUUAUACUGAAAUGAUGGCAUCUCCUGAGGUAAAAUGUUCCGGAAGUAAAAUGAGCCUCCAUUCGGAUCUCCGGGUGAGGACUAUCUCAGGGGGAACACCAUUACAGGUUAGAAAAAUCAGGAUAGGGUCUUGGAAUCUUGGUAGUCUUACAGGUAAGAGUCUGGAGUUAGUGGAUGCGCUCAAACGAAGAAGAGUUCAAAUUGCUUGUAUUCAAGAAACUAGGUGGAAAGGACAAAGGGCGAAAGAACUAGGUGAUGGAUAUAAAUUGUGGUAUGUAGGGAGUAGUAACACUAGAAAUGGAGUUGGUAUAAUUGCUGAUAGUGAAAUGAAAGAUAACGUAGUAGAAGUUGUAAGAACGAGUGAUAGAAUGAUGUCAGUGAAAUUUGUAAUUGAUAAAGAGGUAUUGAAUGUUGUGUGUGUGUAUGCUCCUCAAACAGGUCUGGGUGAGAAUGAAAGAAGAGCUUUCUAUGAUCAAUUGGGAGACAUACUGAGUGAUAUUCCAGCGGAGGAGAAAGUUAUAAUAGGAGGUGAUUUCAAUGCACAUGUGGGCCAAGCCAAGACAGGAUAUGAAACAAUACAUGGGGGAUUAGGCUUUGGAACUAGAAAUGAAGCUGGAGAUGACAUGCUAGAAUUAGCAACAGCAUUGGAUAUGGCGAUUGUUAACACAUUCUUUAAAAAGAGAGAAACUCAACUUAUUACCUACAAAAGUGGACAACAUCAACCCAAAUAGACUACUUCAUGAUAAGGAAAGAAGACAUACGUGAAUGCAAGGACUGCAAGGUAAUAGUUAGUGAGACAGUAAGCCAACAACAUAAGCUGCUUGUUCUGGACAUCGAAGUAAAAAGCGAAACUAAACAAAAAUAUCGGAGAGGACCACAAAAAAUCAAGUGGUGGAUGCUAAAAGAUGAGAAGGAAGGUCUAUUCAGGAGAAGAAUAGUAGAAAAAAUAUGUUGGAACAUGAAAGGAAGCCCUAAUACAAUUUGGAGAAAAAUGGCUAGUAGUAUUAGAGAGACUGCUAUUGAAAUACUUGGGAAAACGACAGGAAAAAAG